AUGGACUACUUCGCUUACUCCGUCAUAUUCGCUACCCUGUCCUUAUUGGCAUGCCUCGCAUGCGUCCCUCCACUGCUGAUUCAUAUCAAAGCCAGAAAUGUGGCGGCUAUUGUACUCACGCUUGGCAUCGCGAUCCUUUGCUUCCUCAACUCCCUCAACGCAUUGAUUUGGCGCUCAGAAGACCAAGAUACCUGGUGGGAUGGCAAAAUACUGUGCGACAUCGAGGUGAAACUUUACAUCGGGCAAGGCGUAUCAGUUGACGGUGUCUUGUUGUGUCUUUUCCGCCAGAUCGCGACCAUCCUCGAUACAGAGCACAUGUCAGUGGCUCCUAGUCGUCGGCAGCGCAACAUCACCCUCGUCAUUGAGAUAUGUCUGUGCAUCGUUCUCCCUUCCUUGGUUAUGACUGCACACUACGUGGUCCAGCGACCCAGGUACUGGAUCAGGAGGAUAGCUGGUUGCACGCCGUCGUUCGACAAUUCUUGGCCAAGCUUUGUGCUCAUCUAUAUCUGGCCAAUGGCACUCUGCCUAGCUGCGUGCGUCUAUUGCGCUGUCGCUAUGGUCCGCCUCUGGAGACACAGAAGGGAGUUGUCUGCCGUUCUCUCCGACACUCCCGGUGCCACUCGAUCUCAGAAUUACCGUCUCAUCAGCUUUGCUGUCAUCCUUCUGCUGAUAUACUUACCGCUCAACACUGUUGCCUUCGUGGGAAAUAUGAGUACGCCACGGCAUAUCUAUUCCUGGUCCUACAUUCAUCCUCCGAAUUGGGCGGACGUGACGACCUUCUAUCCCGUAGCGACGCCGUCUUUCGAUCGAUGGGCGCAAACUGUCACAGCAUAUGUACUCUUUGGGGUUUUCGGACUUGGUCGAGAUACCAAACAGAUGUACAGAUCCUGGUUCCAAUGGUUGAAGAAGUGCUUCGGGCAGGCUGCCCAGAGGAGGAAUCAGGUCUCUACCACUGCUGCGCCGACCUCCUUUCAGAUGUCGUCUCAUCACCAUGGGGUGGAUCACUUGUGA